CGCCGCUCCGUGUUUACACAUGUCUGCACUUUCACGUGGAGACGAUUUUCACUGUUAAAUCAUGUCUUCGAAGAAAAAUAAAAGCAAAUCGAAGAGGGCGAGUGAAGGGGACGGUUCCCUGUUCCUGAAGGAGGGCUCCGGUGACUCCUCGGGUCUGCAGACGCCUGGCUCCGAUGGGAGAAGCGGCAAAAGUUCAGACUGCAACACGUUCACUGUCAUGGAUUUCAUUGAAAAGGCUGAUGACAGGACACCCAAAAGCUGCAGGUCGACUUUGGCUCAACUCGGCCUCAAUUCGAUGAAGUCAGCCGGCGUUUGCAUCGGGAGACCGGUGCUGCUGACGAGUCCCACGGGACGACAAGAGGUUUGCUUGGGUUGGCCCGUCGCCUCGUUUCCGGGAGGAAAAGUCGGCCUCCAGAAGUGUGCGCAGAACAACUUGAGAGUGAAGUCGGGGGACGAGGUGACGCUACACCCGCUGACAGGUCCUGUGCUUCAGGCUGCAGAGGUGAUCCUCUCUAACAGGUCAAAAGACGACACAUUAGACACGGACGACUUUAAGAACUUCCUUCUGAGGUCUUUGGACGGGAACGUCGUCCUACCAGGAAACGUCCUCUCACUGAGCUACUUCGGCCGCUCGUGCAGCCUCCUGGUCGAGACCAUAAAAGGAGAGGAUGGCGCCACCCUCCAGAGACCGGCUCCUCUCCAGGGGUCGGGCCCCGACAAAGAAGAGUCCUCUGUGAUGGAAUCCACGUCGGCCGACCUCUCGCUGCAGCUCAGCAUGCUGACCGUGGAUGACAACGAUGAGGAGGCCUCAUGCGCGCCCGGUCCGGCCUCCAGCACCCCGCUCCGACCGGCCCACCUCCUUUCACUCUCCUCGCCCACAGCUCCUUCCUACAACUCCCAGAAUCCCUCAGAAGGGGAGACUCCUGUCAGUCCAGACAGUUCACUCAGCACAGAGCAGCUAGAGAAGGUGUCUGUAGCUCCACCUGCUGGUGCUUUGGGUACUGACACCUUCUACUGCAUCUCAUGCUCCACCAAGGUCAGUUUUAGAGGCAGAGCAGGGCAGGCAGAUCCGGAUGCAGAAGCUAAAAGUUCGAAGGUCACGUACAGCAUGAUCGGAGGCCUCAGCAGCCAGUUGGAUGCCAUCAGAGAGACGAUUGAACUUCCUCUGAAACACCCCGAGCUGUUUUCCAACUAUGGGAUCCCACCUCCGAGAGGGGUUCUUCUGUACGGCCCGCCAGGGACAGGGAAGACCAUGAUUGGACGAGCCAUAGCCAACGAGGUCGGAGCUCACAUGGUGGUGAUAAACGGCCCGGAGAUCGUGAGCAAGUUUUACGGUGAGACUGAGGCGAGGCUGAGGCAGAUAUUCACCGAGGCGUCUCAGUGGCAGCCUGCGAUCAUCUUCAUCGAUGAGCUCGAUGCUUUGUGCCCGAAGCGGGAUGGAGCUCAGAACGAGGUGGAGAAACGAGUGGUCGCUUCUCUCCUGACUCUGAUGGACGGGAUCGGUUCGGAGGGUCACUCCGGUCAGCUGUUGGUUUUGGGGGCCACGAACCGGCCCCAUUCUCUCGACCCCGCCCUGCGCAGGCCCGGACGCUUCGAUAAGGAGCUAGAGGUGGGAGUUCCUGGUAGCGGCGAGCGUGCAGAUAUUUUGCAGAAGCAGCUGAGUUUUGUACCGUGCAGCGCCACCGCCGAGGAGCUGACGCAGCUGGCGGACGCCGCUCAUGGAUACGUGGGGGCGGACCUCGCAGCUGUUUGCAAAGAAGCAGGUUUGCGCGCCCUGAGACGAGCCCUGGGCGGUUCCCAUCGAGCGGCGUCGGACCAGCAGCUGAAGGGGACGGUGACGGUCACUCUGCAGGACCUGCAGUGGGCCAUGUCAGUCGUGAAGCCCAGCGCCAUGAGGGAGGUCGCUAUUGACGUCCCGAAGGUCCGCUGGUCAGACGUCGGCGGGAUGGAAGAGGUGAAGCUGAAACUGAAGCAGGCUGUGGAGUGGCCCCUGAGGCACCCGGAAGCCUUCACCCGCAUGGGGAUCCAGCCUCCGAAAGGAGUCCUGCUCUACGGGCCCCCGGGCUGCUCCAAGACCAUGAUAGCCAAGGCUCUGGCUAAUGAGAGCGGGCUCAACUUCCUAGCUGUUAAAGGCCCUGAGUUACUGAGCAAGUACGUUGGAGAAUCUGAGAGAGCAGUCAGAGAGGUGUUUCGGAAGGCGAGGGCCGUCGCUCCCUCCAUCGUCUUCUUUGAUGAGAUCGACGCUCUCGCCGGCGAAAGAGGAAGCUCGUCAGGUUCCGGCGGCGGCGUAGGGGACCGGGUCCUGGCUCAGCUCCUGACAGAGAUGGACGGCGUCGAGCAGCUCCGAGACGUCACAGUGCUGGCCGCCACCAACCGGCCCGACAUGAUCGAUAAGGCUCUGAUGCGUCCAGGUCGCCUUGACCGAAUCGUCUAUGUGCCUCUUCCAGAUGCUCCGACCCGACUGGAAAUAUUCUCCCUCCAGUUCCGUAACAUGCCCGUGGCUGAUAAUGUGUCUCUUGAUGACCUGGUGGCUCGGACCGACAAGUAUUCUGGAGCCGAGAUAACGGCAGUAUGCAGAGAGGCCGCCCUCCUGGCCCUGCAAGAGGACAUCAAAGCUCAGCACAUCGAGGCCAGACACUUUGAAAGUGCCCUGAACGCGGUGAAGCCCCGGAUCCCCGACUCUCUCAUCCAGUCGUAUAUCAGCUAUCAGCAGCGGCACAGCGGCCUGGGCUUCUUCUGACCACGCUGCCGUGGACAAAUCAAGACUAGACGCUGUUUGUUAGUUUUUUUUGUGAUCCAUUCGUUUUAGAAGUACUGGUUUGCUGCAGGUUAUAGAAGUAAAAAGUGGACCUAUGUGGCAGUUUUCAGUCCACACACUUUCAAACCAAACAGCAAAAAUGUGGAUUCCUCAGAAUCUUUUGGAAGAGACAUUUAUAUUUUCUGUUUCUGAAGAAUCUGCCUGUGUGAUUAUAUCAAAUAUUAAUAAUGUAUUAAAAGCAUUAUUUAUGUA